UACAAAACAUUUCUAGCAGGUGGCGCGAAUUGUUUUCCCCUAGUUUCUCACUUAUCUGAAGUACUUGCUGUGAAGAGGAAGUGUAUCGACUUACUGCAAUUAUUUUGACUAAAUAGCUCAUACGUAUCGUUACAAGUGCACUAACAUGGAGGGAAGACGAACAAAACGUGAAGCUGUCGUGAAGUCACAGUUAACGGACGUGACUCCUGUGGACCUCCAGGGACCAGUCCGACGGUCCGCACGGAACACCUUGGUACCAAAACGCCUUCAGUACUCACCUGAGGCCAAAAUACCCACCAAGAGAAGAAGAGCAACAAUGCAUGAUAACAAAAAAAGCCAGAAAAACAAAAAGGCCAUAAAGGAGGAGGAGGAGGAGGAGGAGAAGGAGGAUGAAAACAGUGAUGUCGAGGAUACAAAUGGCGGAUAUGGAGGACUUUCAUCAUAUGAACUGGAGCGUCUGGAGAACAUCAGACAGAACCAAGAAUUUCUGUCUUCCAUCAAUUUAUUUCAGGCAACUGUGGAGUUGAAGGAGAUGACACGGCCAAAGCCAUCACAGCGGGGUCUCAUGAGGUCACAGGCUGCUGUAAAAGAAGUGCUGCCACCUCGCAAAUCCCUUCGUCUCCAAAAGAAAGAGGCAGAGACCUUGACACUUCCUCCUGAGCCCAGGGGGACUCUGACCUAUAAUGAGCCACUCCAGAGACUCAAAAAGCCUUCUGGCCCUCUGCCCAUGGAUCCAAUCAACAUGGAAGAGGGGAGCAAGCUGCCUUCACAACUCCUUGAGCUCUGCUCCGAGGAUUCAACAGAGGACAGAAAGAUGGAGCUUGACCUGAAAGAGUACCGCUCAGCCCUCAAGAACAUGAGGAUAACUGAGGACAGAGUGGCCAAAGUGGUGAAGGAUCGCAUCUUCUCUGCUGCCUUCCACCCAUGCAGCAGCAGCCUGUUGAUGGCCACCGGAGACAAGUGGGGGAAAGUUGGACUCUGGAAGUUGGGUGGUGAUUGGGGUGAUGAUGGUGUGCUGCUCUUUGAGCCCCACACUCGCCCAGUGGGCUGCAUGGCGUUCUCCAGGGCUCAGCCCACCCACCUGCUGAGCCUCAGCUAUGACGGAUCGUUUCGCUGCAUGGAUGUAGAGAAGGCCGUCUUUGAUGAUGUGUAUGAUGUUGACGAUGGCCUGAAAACAUUUGACUUCAUGUCCAAUGACUGUUCGACACUAGUGGUUGGGAACUGGUUUGGAGAGGUUGCCAUCGUUGAUAGGCGCACCCCAGGAAACUCCCACGAGUCCCUCCACUCACUGGACCCUAAGACGCUGCGUUGUGUCAGUGUCCACCCUGUACAGAAACAAUAUUUUGCUGUUGCAGAAAGCAAGGUUGUGAAUAUUUAUGACAGCAGAUGCCUGAAAAAGACCAAGAGCCAGGCGGUCUCCCAGCUGCAUGGCCACUCUUUGAGCAUAACCAGCGCCUAUUUCUCCCCUCAUACAGGCAACAGAGUUCUCACCUCCUGCAUGGAUAACCACAUUAGGGUAUAUGACACAUCUGCAAUGACUAUGGAAUCUCCUCUGUUGACAUCCAUCAGACAUGACAUGCGCACAGGCCGCUGGCUGUCCAAACUAUCAGCAGUGUGGGACCCCAAACAGGAGGACUGCUUUGUGGUGGGGAGCAUGGAGAGGCCUCGGAAGGUGCAGGUGUUCCACGAAAGCGGCCAGCGCCAGCACUCCUUUGUAGAUGGCGAGAACCUUAACACAGUGCUGUCCGUCACUGCUUUCCACCCCACAAGAAAUGCCUUACUGGGUGGCAAUGCAUCAGGGCGCCUGCACGUCUUCUCCGACUGAGAUGAUGACUAGAACACUUGACCAAGACCCCUGUUUGCCUCCAGUUGUGUAGGAAGGACAAGUAAGAAAGUAGUUCUGUCACAGACAGCUUGGACAGUAAAUAUGGAUCUCUCAGUGCUGGAAACUAGUCAUGACAGUUGUCUUUCUUCUGAAAUUUUCAUGCAGCUUUAAUACAACACUGUCAUGAUUCUCACACUGAAUAUAAGUUGCUAAAUACAGUUGUAAAACACAACUAUAUUCAACCCUUUCAGCCUUGACUCCACUUUACGUGGAUGAGUGAGCAGCAGCGUCCUGCGACAGAUUCUGGACUGAACUGAGGUCUUGAUGUUUGUAGCCAGUUGUGUUAAGAUCUGGCUGCGUAGCAGCAGAUUUUGCUCAGGGAUUUAUCUGCGUUUUGUUGCAUUAAUUUAAGGUUGCCCUCUUCAAACUGUCAGGCCUUGGUGCAGAGAAGUGUCCCCUGGAAACGGUAUGUUUCUCAUGUGCAGUGCUGGGCUUAUGCCAAAUUGCAGCAUUUAGUACGAUUGCGGAAAAGCUUAAAUGUGCUCUUAACACUUAUCUUGUAAAACUGUCCAGCUUUUAUAUAUAUAUAUAUAUAUGACCUCACUGGAUUGAAAUGGAUUUUCAGAACCUUGGGAAUGAUCUUGACUUCCUUUGAAACAUUUCAUUGACUUUGUCUCAGUUUUGUCAUUCUGAUGUUUUUUGCCAGAUGUUUUCUAACCAGUUGUUAGACCUUUUGAGACACAGGUGCAUUUCAAGUCGCUUUAUGUUAAAUGUGAUAAGAGACAAGUGAUAUGUUAUCACAUUAUCUCUAAAAGUGCUUUUGGUUAAGUAUUCCUUCAUAUACUUCAGUUUAAUUUAGGUUAGUAUGUGGAUAUCUGUCCACUUUGAGAUGAGUUUUUUCUGUCAAUCAGUUCAGAAUAAAAUAAUCAAACUUUAAUACAUCCAGUGUGAUUCAAACUAAAUAAAAAAAAAAUAAGAAGAAAGUGCAGGGCUUUGGGAAAGUGUCCAUGCACUGUAGGUAGCAAAUGACUCACUUUGACUGUAACACUGCUGUUUACUUUCUGUUCUUAUAUCUGCAGUCUGUUACAUUCCAGAUGUCUUACAGAACCUAAGCGAUUUCUUAAAUAGGUUCCCUUUAUAUUGUUUGUUUGUUUUGUGGCACUGGGAAUUUGAAACGGCAAAACAGUUUGGGCUGUGCAAAGUGCCUGUUGUAAAACUGAUUGUGUUCAUUCCAUGUUUUCAUUUUCUACGUGGCUGCUGAAUCAAAUAGAAUAAAUACAGACAUUUUUAUAUUAAACCUA